UCUCACCUUUUCUCCCAGCUGUUUUCCUAAUUACUUGAUCGAAAACAACUUCCUGAUCGAGGCUGCAGCCAUGAGUAGAGGUGGAAGCUAUGGUGGUGGGCAAAGUUCCUUGGGCUAUCUAUUUGGCUCUGCAGAUCAGCAACCAAGUACACCUCCGGUUACAGCGCCAGUUUAUUUACCACCAUAUGGAAUUGAGACCACCACAGAGAAGCCACCGGAAAGUCGUCCCCCUCCUUCUGAGAAACCAAAAGUCUCCAACAACUAUCACAGAGCACAAGGCCAAAAUUCAGGAAACUUCAUUACUGAUCGCUCAUCGACAAAGGUUAAAUCAGUUCCUGGUGGAGAUUCAUCUCUUGGAUACUUGUUUGGAGAUAAGUGAUGCUUCUUUCUCCAAAAUUCUCUACCCUUAGGAAGUGUGUAAGCAUAUAUAUAGCUGUGGUGUGGGUGUUGUGAGACAAAUAAAAAAGGGACUUGAUUUCCUCUGAGUGUUGGAUUUGCAAGGGUUGCACUAGUAUAUUGAUGCUAGUUGAUUCUGAUCAUGUUUAUAAUUAAGUUGUAUUUGUGUGUGUCAGCUCCUUAUAUAUGUCAACUAGGUUAGGGCAUAUACAGGUUGUCUUUCUUUCUGUAUGCCUGAUUACCUAAAAAAGUAAAGUAUUUCUACCAGUGUGUGAAUUUUCAUAUAAAUUAUUUAUGGCAUGAUGAUGGGUCUUUUUUC